CGGGCGGGGCCGUGUCCCGGGAGCCGCAGCCCUCGGGCGCGUCCCGGCGCUCCCGUCCCUCAGGGGAGCUCGGCCUGAGGCGGCGCCGCGCCAGCGCGGGUUGAGCUCCGUGGCGGCCUGGUCUUCCCCCUGUGCUCCUGGGAAAAACCAGAAGGAACGGGGGGAAAAGAGCGUUCUCCUGGUGUUUUCUGAGAAGGCCCGUCUGUCUGUGUGUGCCCUCCAUUCCUGGGGAGAUGUCCAAUGUUUCCAGUUAUGCCCUUCGCAUGGCCCGGCUGAGUGCCCAGAUAUUCGGCGACGUUGUCAGGCGCACUGACUCCAAAUCCAUGAAAGUGGUGAAGCUGUUCAGUGAGCAGCCCCUGGCCAAGAGGGAGGAGGUGUACAACUGGUACCCCCCUCACAACACCUACUACGGCCUCAUGAGCAAACUGCGCUACUUCGGGCUCUACAGGGAUGAGCACCAGGAUUUCAAGGAGGAGAUGAGGCGAUUGAAAAAGCUCCGUGGGAAGGAAAAACCAAAGAAAGGGGAAGGAAAGAGAGCUCUCAAAAAGAAAUAGUGCUGUUGGAACAAUGUAACUGACUAUUCUGGAAAUGCUGGGGAGCAGCUGGAGAAGGCUUGGCAUGUGAGCAGCGUGUGGGGCACAAGAAACCCACUGAAGUAGUGGAUUACAUCUUGGGAAUGCACUUGGGUCUUUGAAGUUUUACUGGUUUUGAAUUUCUGUACUUCAAAUACACUGUAUAUUGCAGCACAGUAAUAAAAAAAAAAAAGGUGCUCAGUGUUUUUCUUGAAA